AUGGCCGCCCAGCUCAUGGCAGCGCGCGCCGCCGCCGCGCCGGACAUCGCCGACCUCGCCACGGCGUGCGCCAACGGGGCGGCCGAGUCGAUGCUGGCGAGGGACGCGGCGGCGCCGGCGUCCGGCGGGGCGAGGCCACCGCUGGUGGUGAUCGGGCACCGCGGGAAGGGGAUGAACGCGCUGGCGUCGCCGGACGAGCGGCUGCGGGAGGUGAAGGAGAACUCGGUGCGGUCCUUCAACGACGCCGCGCGCGUCGCCGGCGUCGGCUACGUCGAGUUCGACGUCCAGGUGACUAAAGACGGCUGCCCGGUCAUCUUCCACGACAACUUUAUAUUCACCGAGCAAGAUGGCGAAAUCUCAGGGAAGCGUGUCACCGAUCUUGGACUGGAGGAGUUCCUCUCCUACGGCCCUCAAAAGGACCAGGGCAAGGUAGGGAGGCCCUUGCUCCGGAAGCUCAAGGACGGCCGGAUACUGAGAUGGGACGUGCGGUCCGACGACGCGCUCUGCACGCUGCAGGAGGCGUUCGAGGACGUCGAUGCACGUGUUGGGUUCAAUGUCGAGCUCAAGUUCGACGACGACCUCCUGUACCAGGAGGAGGAGCUCACCGGCACCCUGCAAGCCAUCCUCAAGGUUGUUUUUGAGCAUGCUGAGGAGAGGCCCAUCAUUUUCUCCAGCUUCCAGCCUGAUGCAGCGAUGAUCAUGCGGAAGCUGCAAGAUCAAUACCCUGUUUACUUCCUGACCGACGGAGGGACACAGCUCUACGCCGACCCGAGGCGGAACUCGCUAGAUGAGGCCGUCAGGCUGUGCCGCGCCGGCAGCCUGCAUGGCAUCGUGUCGGAGGCCAGGGCGGUGUUCCGGCAUCCCUCGGCGGUGGCCAGGGUCAAGGACGCCGGCCUCUCCCUGCUCACCUACGGGCAGCUAAACAAUGGUCCGGAGGCCGUGUACAUGCAGCACCUGAUGGGCGUCGACGGGGUGAUCGUCGACCUGGUAAAGGAGAUCACCCACGCCGUGGCGGAAUUCUGUGCUGCAGUCGCACCGGAACCCGGCCAAGAAAACACUGAAGUGGGGAGGUUUGAAUUUCUGGAUAUGGCCGCGCCAGUACAGAUGACGCCGCACUUCUCGCAGCGGGAGAUCUCCUUCUUGCUGAGGCUCAUACCGGAGCUCGCACAGUAGCGUGUAUUACUAUUGUUGUCACUCAGUCUCAUCAACAGUAGGUUGACCAAUCUUUGACCCCUCCGAACUGAAACCCCAGGCAUGGCCGCAUGGAAUGUUUAGCUGAUUUUUUUGGCAAGCAGUAUCACCCUCUAUUCUUAGUUUUGUACAACGUUCAUGGCAUUUCUCCUGCCAUAUAGUAAGAUGAA